AUGACUGAGAGCAACUUCUCGGACGACGACAUCUUCCUUCACCUCUCAUGCCGCCCACGCCAUAUUCUCGACAAUGUGAUCCCAGUUGACGAGUCGACAAAGCCAACAUUUACACCCUUCCAACGCGAAUGCCGAUCGUCUCUAGGACAGCUUGACAAACUACCUCUCGAAAUUCUGCACGAGUCUCUUGGAUACUUGCAUCUCCAGUCCCUAUCGCGUCUAUCUCGUGUCUCUCUGCGCGGCAAAGCCGUCGUUGAAUCUCUUCGCGAGCAUGGAAAUAUCGUCUCAGCCGCAGGUCAUACCUUCGAAAUCCUAAAUCGGGCCAGGAUUCUUGGCUUGCACUCUGUUACCACGCUUCAUGCUGCCCUAUGUUCUGAGCGAAGUAUAUCCUGCGGCGCAUAG